AUGAAAAUGCAAAUGGACGCCGCACGUUAUGGCCCCAUGGACGCACAACGUUUCGAUCCGCUACUGCGCACAAGCACAACACCCAACUCACUUCCUAAAACCGACACUUCAAAAUUGACGAUGGGGCAGGGCCUUUGCGUCAGAACUCGGCAGUGUAUGCUAUUUUCUGGACAUACGAGUGUGGGCGGUAUUUGGCCGCACCACGAGGUUGUGGUUGUCCCUCUUGACGGGGAAGAUGCAGAUUCGGAGGCGUCACGCUCAUCCACACCCAGUUCUACUUCUACUUCUACUACAGAAACGAGCGAGUCUUCUGCUACCCCCGACGUGCCUCCAUCGCACACUCCACAAGUCGAUACAAACGACAGGGAUGACGUCGUAGUCACACGCACCAUCAUUCGUCCCAAUACCAGUACCAAUCCUAAUCCCCAUCGCAAUCCCAGUCGUAUGCCAUCUAGAACGCAAAUGACGCUUGCGCGGAUGUUCUCACGUUCGCCAUCUCCCACCGCCUCUCCAGCUUCCUUUUCAUCUGCGUUACCCCACUCCAACCCCCCUUCGCGACCCACGAGCCCGGUGCUCCAAGCGCUCAACUGUUUCAGCACAUCCUCAGCUUUUGAGAGGGAUGAGGAUGAUAUGCCAAUGAGGGGUGGUGAGAGCCCCAGGCCUGUAUUCCAGGUUAUUGUUACGCAAACGAGGGAGAGGUAUGAAGAUGAUAGAGCAUUCAAGGAAAUUGUGGGGAGUGUUUACCCAGGGCCUGUCGCUGCUGCUGUGGGGGGCGGCGCUUGA